AUGUCUUCAAACUUCCGUCUCGGGUACCUGAAUUUCUGCGACAUAUUAAGCUACCGACAACCUCUACGGUGCUUGGAGCUGCAGACGUUCUUUGAAAAUACCAGCAUUUCAGAUCUGCACAAUCUCUUUCCAACAUUAAUAAACGCUAUUUUUGAUCUGCGCGGUCCGGGAUGGAAUUUGCGAAAGAUAACGCGCGAGACCGCACCCGUUGAGUUUGAUACGUUGCACGAUUUCUUCUCACCACUAUGCGGUCCGAUGAUACGGUUAUGUUACCGUUUAAUGGACACCGCUAAAUAUGAAAUUCCAAUUUCCUGUUUGCCUAUAAAAUUGCAACAUAUGUUGAUCUAUGGAAAAUACCCUUCGUUUUACGCACAGCGAGUUAUAAUAGACGUAUUCAGUCGGCGAGUCGUCGGAUUGAAGUUAAAUUCGUUCGAUUAUUUCCUGUAUUAUUUUGCAUUGUACGGUUUAAUUCCGUAUCAUAAUCUGUAUCCUAUGGUAGCGGGACCUCGGACGAUGCAUGUACCACAGAACGAACGCCUAGAGACAAUUUAUCUGAUGCUGGCGGCGAAUUUUUUCUGGGUUUUCGUACCGAGCAAUCCAGACGUAUAUCUGUUGGCACCGCAAAUUGCACCAAAACCUGCAUCCACUCCUGUGGUGCGCCCCGGGAAAAAGAACAAUCCAGCGAAAACUCUCAAGUAUUUGCUGCCACAGCGUUUGCUACACUACUCGCAGCCGGAGACGAAAACGCACACAACGGAAGAUUUGGCGCAGUUGUUCCACUGGCGCACCGAAAGCAUCAUCUACAUUGUACUGGACACCUGGUUUGGAAUAGAUGACGAAUCGUCCGGUGUCUUGCCGCACAUCGAUCUAGUUCGCUACAUCCGCAUGUUUGUGAAGCAGCUACAUGCCUUUACCAACUGCACAGCAAUGGGCCCGGACACGCAGGUUGAGACACUGCGUUGCGAAGUGGCCCAGCUGCUCGGUCCGCGCAUUAUUACUUUCCUGCGGACGCUGUUCAUAUCGUGGCCACUGGACAACACAUUUACGGAUGUACUCGAGCUAUGGUUGAGCUUCAUCCAGCCGUGGCGCUACGUGGACGGUAAGCCGCGUACGAAAGACUAUGACCAACCGGUAAACGACAAGUACCGACCAUUCAUUGCUGCGAAUUUGAACGCCUACUGUGAGCUGUUUGCCCGCCUGAUGUCUCGGUUGGCAGAAUGCGAAACUCUCUUGCAGCCGCAGACAAACUUUCUCUUCCGCACGCUGAAGGUGUUCGGAAAGGGCAACCUGCUGCAGCUGCUGCGCCAAGAAGAAGAGAACCCGCCACGUACCCACACGCAGCCCAAUCCAUUCGGGAGCCUUUUGGUGAACGUUGGCAAUAAGUGGAACCUAGACGCGUUCCUCGAUGAUGAAAGCGAAUAUCUAAAGAUGUUCUCGAGCGAGCUACGGACCGUGCUGGAGGUGGUGAUGGUGAAGUUGAGUACCGAGAUCACCGCGAGGCGACACGUGGCUGCCCAGCUGAAGGUUGAAGAAACAAACACGUUCAGCUCGUGGAAAAACUGGGUACCAAAAUCCCUCGCCCGGUGCAUGGAGCGCGAGAAGAAGCUGGUCGAGGUAAACGAGGAACUUGGUCGGCUCGAGUUUACUGCCAGCAUCCUCGAGCAGGGUUUCGGCAUCCUGCCGGUGUACGAUUACCCCGAAGUACACAAGGAAUCGUCAGCCAGCGAGACCUCAACCAUAUCACAAUUAAGCCCCUUGGACCCAACGCACAUCGGUGAUCCGGCGCUUAAGCCGAUUAUCAGCACCGAGUGCAUCUUUCUGGUGCGCUUUCUGUAUCAGGUGAGUCUAAAGCUAAACAUAAUGUUUGGUGACGAACUCAGUCGUCUCUGGGACCACGGCGGUACGCUAGGUGCGAUCGCUCGCCGGCUGCUGGUUCCCCCGUCUACGAUCGUAAACUUUGACUUGGCACAAAAAGGCAUGUGCAUUGAAAAAGUGGUUAAAACUAAACACAUCGGACCGCGCGUGUGCCUGCGCUUUUUAGGCUCGUACACGUCGAUUGUGACCAUCUGCAGUUCGUUUCUGCUGGGAUAUGUCCUGUUGGGUGCCCCAAGCUUUGGCUUUAUCGCCCUCAUCCUGGUAGCGUUUAGUUACGCUAUGCUGACGAAGCCGGAAAACGUUUACGAAAAUCUUAUGAGCAACCAAUAGCGGCUGCUAGCUUUCCAGCGCUAUUAGCGAU